AUGGAUCGCUUACACAAGCUGGAAACGUUUGCGAACGAACUUGCCGUGGCCGUAAAGAGUCUGGGGGCCCACUACCGAAAUGGAGAGUCCGAGGAGAGUCGAGAGGUGCAGCGCGCCCGCCGCGCCAUCAUGGGCAAUGCAGCCAGGAUACAGACGCUACUUGGUGAGCCGUCAGACUUCCUCCAGCGCCUUGCCAGUCAAAACCAAAUUUUGGCAUGCCUCCAGUGGCUGGGAGAGUUUCAGGUGCUUGCAUGCAUACCACUCAGUGGCACCGUCUCUGCAAGAGACGUUGCUGAGCUAGCCGGCGUCCCCGUAAAACAGCUAUCCCGAGUUGUUAGGAUGACCUCCACAGCUGGCUUCCUCGGAGAGCCUGAGCCGGGCCAAAUUGCACACACAUCCCUAUCCGCCGAGUUCGUGAAGAACCUCUCGUAUUUCGACGCGGCAAUGUUUCUUGCCCAGACCGCCGCUCCGACGGCGUUAAAGAUGGCAACAGCCACGCGGCGUUAUGGCUGCUCGGAUCUUCCGCAAGAGAGUGCUUACGGGCUUGCGUUCGGUACGGCGCAUAGCUUCCAAGCCACAUGCGAACAACGGCCUAAGCUCCACCGCCAAUUAUCGGCUUAUCUUCAGCACGCAGGCAACGUCGACCAGGACGUGACUGAGCUUCUAACACGGCUCGACUGGCCCAGUCUCGGGAAAACCCGUGUAGUGGAGGUCGGAGCGGAGUCGACGAGGACAGCGAUAGCGCUCGCGGAGCUCCAUCCCGCUCUCCACUUCAUCGUACAGAUGCACGGUCCUGACCUGGAGGCAAGACGGCCACUCACUACCCGUCUUACAAUUCAGAAGCGGGACCCUGGCACGCCGCAAACGGUGAGCGAUGCAGCUGUCUACAUCCUCCGGUUACCGUCUCCUUCGAUCGGCCCUUCGUCGUACUCGCUGCCUGCCCAAGUCAAAUCCGAGCUGCGCGCCCAUCUUGGCGUAUUGCGCAAUACCAACGCCACCCUUGUCUUGACCCCACGGUUGCUCCCCGAGCCAGGCACCGCCGACCCGGACGUCGAGGUAGUGUCUCGCGUGCGAGACCUGUCGCUGCUCCAGCUUGCGAACGACAGCGGAAUGAUUGAGAUGGCUGAGCUGGUGGAGAUGGUGGAGAGCAUCCGCGAUAGUUUCGGCGGGCUGGUGAUUGUCAACAAGCUUCGAUCGCGGAAGAGCGGCAUGGCGGCCUUGGGCGUGAAAUACCAAGCUUCUGCAAGCCACGAGGCGCUCAUGGGUAGCCGCUGACUUCAUUCUCAGCCGCAAUCUUGCGACCUUCUAUUAUCGGUUGGCUGUAUGUAUGUUAUAUUGCGAGGACCAGGAGAAGAGCUGCUCCACGAGGUCCAUAGUGCAAAUUGUGGGGCCCUGUACGAGCCGGUCGCACCGGUCGCACCGGGUUUACAACGGCCUCGUCUUUGUUACGAAAUGCGUUCAUGUGAGUAAGCGCCGUUGUGCUCGUUCGGGACAGCGGUCCCUGGGC